UCACAGCAUAUUUGUACUACCCCAGCUCUGGAAUCACUUUUUCUUCAAAGAGUUCUAGUGACUGUUAGUGAAGCAUAGGUAUUCAGAAUACAAGAUCUGGGUACCCAGUUUCUCAUAGCUACUUGGGUGGGUGCCAUUACUUCUAGGUUCUCUUGGGAUUAAAAAAGGUAGGAAGUAAUCUCCAUAUAUUAGAAGUCACACAAUUUUAAUAUGUGGACCUUUGUUUGCAGGGGAGUAACUAACAGAAGUCUAAGAUGUUUCUGUCAGUGAAGAAAAUAAAUUUACUCUCUUUUUCUCUCCCAGGUAUGUGUAACCCUCGAAAUUACAGCGACACACCUCCCACUUCCAAGAGCACAGUAGAGGAGCUGCAUGAGCAUCCAUCCCUCUUCCGGGCACUCACGGAAGGAGAUACCCAGUUGAACUGGAACAUCGUUUCCUUCCCUGUUGCAGAAGAACUUACACAUCAUGAGAAUCUGGUUUCAUUUUUAGAAACUGUGAACCAGCCACACCACCAAAAUGUAUCUGUUCCUAGCAAUAAUGUUCAUGCACCUUAUUCCAGUGACAAAGAGCACAUGUGUACAGUGGUUUAUUUUGAUGACUGCAUGUCCAUACAUCAAUGUAAAAUAUCCUGUGAGUCCAUGGGAGCAUCAAAAUAUCGCUGGUUUCAUAAUGCCUGCUGUGAGUGCAUUGGUCCAGAAUGUAUUGACUACGGUAGUAAAACUGUCAAAUGUAUGAACUGCAUGUUUUAAAGAUGGAAAAGAAAUGUAAACCAAAGCAAUUUAAUCAAAAAGAAACAUAAAUUACUCAGUGAGUCUACUUGGUUGUAGAAGAAUGCCAACAAGUUGUGAAGAUGUAAAGAAUUUGCAGUAGGUUACCUUUAAAGUAUAUAUUCAGGAAUAUGUUAAAUUACACGAUUAUAACUGCUCUUGCUAAGUUUAUUUCCCAGGAGCAAAAUGUCUUUUCCUUUGGGUCCAUGUAUAGCUUUGGUCAUAUGGGAAACAGGUGUUCAAAAUGUUCCUGGAAAGAUCUGAGAUUUUUAAAGAAAGCCUGAUGCUGUUAUGCUGUUUUCUUCUGGUGUUCCAAAGCUUUCUGUUUUGAAAGUAUUAGCAAAAGACUAUUAACCUGAGCUGUGUUUUCUUUUACUGCUACUCCUAAGACACUGAGUGCAUCAUUCUUCAAUGUGCCUUAUAAUAUUCAUCUGUUUUAUAAGUAGGUUAUUCAGAUAUAUCACUCUGACAACUCACAUAAAAAUUACCAUGAAAAACUUAAUUUCAGGCUUUUUUUUAUAUUGGUUUUAGAAAGUAAAUACUUACUGUGGUUUGCAGUCAAAAACUGUUACGUGCCGGUAGCUCUUGCGUUUAAUCCUGGCUAUUUGGGAGGCUGAGAUUGGGAAGAUUGCCGUUCAAGGCCAGUGGGCAAAUAGUUUGCCAGACUCCAUCUGCAAAAUAACAAGAUCAAAA